AUGAUCGAAAAAACUCAAAAAUUUGUCCAUGAAGCACCAACAAAAAUUGAGGAAGUGAUGGUUAUUUUCAAUGUACCGGAGGUGGAGAAACCCUCUACCACCACCACGGAGAAAGAAGCACCACCAAAUCUUGAGCCAAAGCCGGAGAAACCCGCCACCGUGGAAGAAGUAGUCGAAGUCGAGAAGGACAAAGAAAAAGAGAAGAUCACCGAAUCGACUUCGUUCAAAACAGACAGCAACGUAGUGGGUGAACUUCCUGACCCAGAAAAGAAGGCCUUGGAUGAACUCAAAGAGCUGGUUUAG